AUGCCCUUGAAAAUCGAGCAGGUACACCUCAAUGAUGAAUCUCGUGGAAAAAAGGUUUCCAACGAGCCCAAGAAAGUACCUAGUGCUGAAGAAAUAUGUGAUGAUGUAGUACUUUUAUGGCGCCAAGAGCCGGCCUUUGAAGAUGUAGAUAUGGGUGUUUUGUUGGAAAAACUACAAUCAAGAAAUCCUACCUGGAAGUUGUCAUCCUCAGAACUGGGCAAGACCCUUCUGGACCAUAAUCUCUCGUUUUCGGACGAAUCGCAAUUGUUCACUUAUGCUGAUCAAGUGGGAAGCUUGAACCAUCCGCUCUUAAACGACAAACAAGCUGAAAAGAUCGUACUACGAGAGACUAGAUCUCACAAUGGCCUACAAAACUGGUCUGUGUUUGCCCAAAAAGACCUUCGACAGGAUGAAGUGAUCUUUUAUGAGCACGAGCCUUUGACACCUAUUCUACCUCUUGACAAAACGUCCUUAGCCGAACGGGGCCGUUCAUGCGCUACUUGUGGACACUCUUUAACUCAAAGUUCGCAGUUCACAGUGAAAAACAUGCUGGAUUGCCAGCAAUGCUCUGCAAUCUGGUGUUCCAAGCAUUGCAAACGUCUAGAUGGUGCAACACACAGCUUUCUAAAGCACCCGGUUUCUAAAAACAAAAAAGUGAACGCUGCAGGGUGGUUGGCUUUUGAGGAAGUAUGCAGGGAAAACGCUAUGCAUUCUGCAUACUCUGCAGGCAUGAUCUACGCCCGCAUUUUACUCGAUAAACAAGAAGGUAACCAUAUUCGAAAGCAAUUCGAUUCCUUAGCACAGGUGAGUCAAGGCCUACGAGAAAAGGCUGUUGACUCCACGAAUGUGGGAGGAACAUUUGAUAAAUCAACAGGUGCAAUUUCCCCAGAUAAACAAUGGCUAUGGUCUCAAAGCUUCGAUUCAUUCUGCAAAGCCUUUCCAAGUUGUACAGAAGAAAAUUUGGACUUUGAUACCUAUCUAACCUACGUUGGAAGGUUCAACAUAAAUCAACUCGAGGGCCAAUUAUUCACACUUUACUCUCAGUUAAACCAUAACUGCGAGCCAAACGUCAGAUACGAGUUAGACACCAAGAAUGGUUUGAAAGUGUUUGCCAGAAAGAACAUUAAGAAAGGCGAAGAGCUUUACACGACUUAUGUGAAUCCACUUCAUGGCGUUACUUUGAGACGUAGGGAACUUCUAGUAAACUGGGGGUUCUUAUGUAGUUGCCCGCGCUGCCAAAAGGAUCUCAGCGCUCGACGAAAAACAAAGCAGGAUGUGUCAAUCUCUAUGCUGGAAACGCCAAUUUCACCCGUGCACGCAUCCAGACGCAAAUCAUCGAUGAAGAGCUCAAAACCAGAUCUAUCAGAAUUAUUGAAAAAUGGGCAAGAAUUCGAUUUAGAGAUCCCCAUAGAAAUUGGCUUCGACCGGAGAAGGAAGUCUGUGAGGUUUGAUGACAAAGUAAUGGCUGCAGUUGAAGAAUGA